AUGGCGAUAUCGUGCGAUGGCGUGCUUGAAGGAUGCGAUGGCGUCAGGCUGUUCCUCAUCGAAAACGGCCGCGCCGCUUUCGAGUAUCUGUACCAGUUCGUCCUGCCAGACUUUGGUGGAGAUCUCGUCGAUGUUGUGCAAGUUGCCAACACCUGCCUCAAUGACAAGAAUGCUGAUGUUGAGGUUCUCAGCGCUCAGGCAACCAGCAACAGUGUUACCGCGCCGCUCAAGGCGCUCUACAACUGGCGGCUGUCAGCGGCCCAUAAGGCAGGCGUCGCCGCCUUUAGCGAUGCUGUCACGAACACCGCCAAGGCUAGUCAGACGGCGGGCAGGUUCUACGAGUUUCCUGAGAUCGUGGACAACCAGAAGAGGAAGACGCUCGAGAUCUUCAGGAAGAAGGCGCAGGAGAGCACUACCAACACCAAGUGCUUCAAGGACAGGACACUAUUCCCUCCCUCUUCCCCCGUUCCCCCUUGA